AUGCAUGGCCGGAUCUUCACGGGAGACCCGCUGGCGUGGGUGAGCGCUGAGCAGGGCGGCACCUCCGAUCAGAGCUCCCUGCUGACCACCUUCACCACCACGCACCGAGGCCCACGGGGCAGCGACACGGACCCUGCUGUCAUCGUGCAGGGCUGCUCCUGGCCCGAGCACGCACAGCUCCACAGCUUCUGGGAGGCCCCAGCCAUGACAAGCCCCUGUUCCUGGCAGGGCGCCCCGACUCUGCAGCCAUGCUCUGGGUAUCUUGACGGAGACCCCGCAACCCCCCGUGAGAGCUCGGAUGGACACUUAGAAGGGCCAGCGGUGGGACUGGGGCCUCGGGACGGGAGAGGCAGCCCCGAGGCCUUCUACGCAGGUGGGCCCAGCCUGAGCCCUGGGGGGCGCUGGUUCCGGAAGUCGUACGUGGAGGCCCUUCGCAACCCUGUGCCCCUGGGCUCCAGCUCUGAGGAGUCCCUCCUGGAUGAGGCUGAGGAUGCAGCAGGUGGGCGAUUGGCCCAGGACAGCAGGCCCAGGAUGGCCACCAGCCGGGGACAGAGGGUCCCCACACACCCCCAGAGCCCGCGGGAGAGCCACCCCCGCACAGACAGGACGAGGAUGCCAUCCAGGAGGUCGCGGUCCUGGGACAAACCCUUUAGGAGCCCAUUCUGCAGCAAGCCUGACGAGGCCAAGUGGGCUUUGGGUGACUCUCCAGGCCUUGGGCCCGAGCGUCUCCCUGGAGGUCAGGCUGCAGGGACAGCAGCUGUUGGUCUCGGUGCUGCAGUGGACAGCCCCGAGAGCCCCCAGGAGAAGGCAGCCUCAGCCGGUGUCUACUCGGACAGCAGCACCUCCUGGGGACCGGUGCCUGGCGCCUUCUCUGACCAGCCGCCCAAGCCACUGUGCCCUAGAGGCCCGAGAGACGCAGAGCUUGGGGCGCCCAGCCAGGUGCUGGGUGUUAGCCCAGCACUGCUGCAGUUGGGGGCUAUGACCCUCCCGGGGACCCGGGACCGCGGUGGCCGGGCCGUGGUGCAGGUGUGCACGGGAGGCCCGCUCUGGGCCGGGGAGCAUGCCUCCAGCACCGAGCUGACCCGCCUCCUGAUGUGCCUGUGCAGCAUCCCCAGGAAGGAGGUGCGGGACCUGGGGCUGGUCAUCCUGGUGGAUGCGCGGAAGGGUCUGGUCGUCCCUGCUCUCUCCCAGGCCCUUGCAGCACUGCAGAACACAGUUCCUCCCAUAAUUCAUAGCAUUUUGCUGUUGGUGGAUAAAGAAUCAGCAUUGAGGCCUGACAAGGAUGCCACAAUUCAGUAUGAGGUGGUUAGCUCCCUGAAGGCCCUGCACAAGCUCAUUGACAGCUCCCAGCUGACGGCAGAGUUCGACGGCUCCUUUCCCUACAGCCACAGUGACUGGGUCUGCUUCCGAAGGAAGCUGGAAGUCUUCAUGGCAAACUGCAGACAAGCCGUUGCUUUCUUACAAGAUGCCGCCUGCUCCCUGAACGCUCGCAGAACCUUAAGUACAGCACAGGAAGUCACCGAGCUCAUCGGCAGGCACAGGGCCGUGAUGAGGUGUGUCCUGGAAGACGCACUGCUGGUGGCCCUCAGGCUGGAGGGCGGUACGGUCCUGGCGCGGCUGAGCAGGGACGAGCUCGGCGCCAGCGAGGACGGCCGGGACACCAUUGAGGCUGCCGCCAGCCUGUAUGAGCGGGUGGACGAGGAAGUGCACGGGCUGGUCCUUGCCUCCAACAGGUGUCUGCAGUGGCUGGAGGGCCUGCAGGAGCGGAGGAGCCAGGAGGCUGCGGCCCAGGCUGAAGGCAGGUUUGAAAGACAGCGGGAGCAUGGCCUCCACCCGGUGGGGCUGCCCUCCCCCAACAACGAGAAGGGGGAGCAGGAGGGGUCCCGAGGCCUCCAGGGGGCAGCGGCAAGGGUGGGUGAGCCGGACGGGACACAGACCACCCAGCACCCACUCCUCUGGAGCUCACGGCGCCUGGCGCAGCUCCAGGCAGGAGGUGGUCCCCCUGUCCUCCCCCGCCAGCAGGUGCAGCGGGCCCAGGCAGCUGGGUGGAGGACAUCGUGCAGAGAGCUUCCUGCACACCUGGCCCCCAAGGCCCCCUCUUCCUUGCCGGACGCUGAGCACCUGGGAAGCUACUGCCAAGGGGCCCUCACAGGGGAGGCGGUGCCAGGCAGUGGGCAGGAGCUGUGGCCAUGCCAGGCCCAGUGGACACAGGGCCAGCAGACCAGCCGACGCCUGGAGGAAGCCUUUCCUGAAGCUGCCCCUAGCUGCAGGUCACCGCCCCUCCCCCAGGAGGCCAGCCCUUCAGGACAGGACGAGCUGACCACACUGGAGAUUGUCCUGGGCCCAGGAGGGCCUGCUCUGGGGGGCACACCAUCGUCCCUAGGGGACCCCCCGGACACCGGCUCCCCCUGCCGCCCCGAGCCCCCCUUGGCCCGAGGUCCCCGCCUCAGGAAGCAACCCCUGAAGAUGAUGAAGAAAACACAGUGCUUCGAGGCCCCUACACCUGACAGUGGCCCCAGGGAGCCCCGGCACCCAGGACACACUGGGGUGCACAUCAAGGACCUGGAGGUGACAAGCACCAUGACCGCUGAGACGCCCCCACUCCUCCGGAGCUGCACGCACGGGCACCACGUGUUUGUCCCAUUUUCCCAGGAGGAGCAGUUUGGCAUGUACGCACUCUACAGCAAGAACAAGCCUUGCUCAGACGCUCUGCUCGGCAGCCGCGGCAACGCCUUCUUUAAGGCCAGGCAGCAGGCGCUGGGAGACAAGAUGGACCUGGCUUCCUACCUGCUGAAGCCGGUGCAGCGCAUGAGCAAGUACGCACUGCUGCUCGGGGACCUGGUCAAGGAGGCGCGCCGCAGCCCCGCCUGGGGGCCAGAGCUCAGCCAGCUGCAGGCCGCCGAGGACAUGGUCCGCUUCCAGCUGCGCCACGGCAACGACCUGCUGGCCAUGGAUGCCGUGCGCGGCUGCGACGUGGACCUGAAGGAGCAGGGGCCCCUCAGGUGCCAGGACGAGUUUGUCGUCUGCUGCCGGAGGAGGAAGUACCUGAGGCGCGUCUUCCUCUUUGACGACCUCAUCCUGUUCAGCAAGACCAAGAAGGUGGAGAGCGGCCAUGACAUCUUUGUGUACAAGCAGUCCUUCAAGACGGCCGAGAUCGGGUUGACGGAGAACGUGGGUGACGACGGCUUGAGGUUUGAGAUCUGGUUCCGGCGGCGGCGACGGCCUCAGGACACCUACGUCCUGCAGGCGAGCUCAGCAGACGUGAAGGCUGCGUGGACCGGCGUCAUCGGGAGGAUCCUGUGGCAACAGGCCCUGCGCAAUCGAGAACUCAGAAUGCAAGAAAUGGUGUCCAUGGGGAUAGGCAACAAGCCAUUUAUGGACAUCAAGCCCAGUGAAGCCGCCAUAAGUGACCGGGCCACUGAUUACAUCAUGAAGGGGACAGAGUCGCGGUCACGUGCCUCCAUCGCCGUGUCCUCGUUCGACCACGCCAGCCCCUUCAAGAGGCCCCACUCCACCAUCUCGGACAGCAGCACCUCUUCCUCCAGUAGCCAGUCCUCGUCUGUCCUGGGCUCACUAAACCUGCACGUGUACCCCAGGUCACCGGGGCUGCCUGCCCUCUGCCCCUGGCCCUGUGACGUCAGAGCCCGCAUCGAGGAGGGCAAGCUAGAGCAGGAGACGGGCAGCCAGCCCUCCACGAGCUCCAGCACACCCCCUGUGCUGGGCGUAGAAAAGACAGGCAGGAGAGACGCCACCUGGAGCUCCGAGUCCUCCCACCGCACCUCGGGAGACAGCACAGACAGUGCACACGGCCCCACACACCCAGGGCUGUCACCGCUGGACAACGAGGGGGCCUCCACCGUGGGCUCCAGGCCCCCCGCCCGGGACGCCUCCCCAGCUCUUUCCAGAAGGAGUGCACGUCGGCGGCUUGGCGGUGGGCAGGUUACCACCUCGGUGAGUGCUCUCGCCCCAGGCCCAGGCCCCGGCCCCAAGGGGUGUUCUGACCCGUCCUUCCUGGACGGCGCCCCCACCCUGAAGGGGGCGCAGGGCAUGAUGGACGCGCCCCACUCGAGGGGCGUGGAGGAAGCUUGCAGCCCCUGA